AUGGACACCCAAGCAGGAAUAUCUCAGAAGGACAUCUAAUGUUAUCCCCGGAUUGUGACAUAAAAGAUAAUGACAGUAGACAGGAUUCUCCAGGAGAUAACCGCAUUACCCCAAUUAUACAUCCAGCUCUAUCAGCUGAUCCCCCUGAUCCUGGGAAAUGUUCUCCUGAUCACUCUGAUAUUGGUGCAUCUGUUACAGCUCUGACAGUAGAUACAGUGUUUCCCUGUUCUAUAGAUGCCAAAUGUUUUACACAGAACACAAAGCUUAUUACCCAUCAGCCAGCUAAGGCAGGUGAGAGGCCAUUUCCAUGUUCUGAGUGUGGGAAAUGUUUUACACAAAAUUCACAACUUGUUACACAUCAGCAAAGUCACACAGGUGAGAAGCCAUUUCCAUGUUCUGAGUGUGGGAAAUGUUUUGUAUCGAAAUCACAUCUUGUUAUACAUAACAGAAGUCACACAGGUGAGAAGCCAUUUUCUUGCUCUGAGUGUGGGAAAUGUUUUACAUGGAAAUCACAACUUGUUACACAUCAGAAAAGUCACACAGGUGAGAAGGCAUUUCCAUGUUCUGAGUGUGGGAAAUGUUUUACACACAAAUCAGAUCUUGUUAUACAUCACAGAAGUCACACAGGUGAAAAGCUGUUCUCUUGCUCUGAGUGCGGGAAAUGUUUUCCACGGAAAUCACAUCUUGUUAGACAUCGCAGAAGUCACACUGGUGAGAAGCCAUUUUCUUGCUCUGAGUGCGGGAAAUGUUUUUCACGGAAAUCACAUCUUGUUAGACAUCAGAAAAGCCACACAGGUGAGAAGCCAUUUCCGUGUUCUGAGUGUGGGAAAUAUUUUUCACGGAAAUCACAUCUUGUUAGACAUCACAGAAGUCACACAGGUGAGAAACCAUUUUCUUGCUGUGAGUGUGGGAAAUGUUUUACACGGAAAUCAGAUCUUGUUAUACAUCACAGAAGUCACACAGGUGAGAAGCCAUUUCCAUGUUCUGAGUGUGGGAAAUGUUUUGCACAGAAAUUAGAUCUUGUUAUACAUCACAGAAGUCACACAGGUGAGAAGCCAUUUCCAUGUUCUGAGUGUGGGAAAUGUUUUACACACAAAUCAGAUCUUGAUGUACAUCACAGAAGUCACACAGGUGAGAAGCCAUUUUCUUGCUCUGAGUGUGGGAAAUGUUUUACAAAGAAAUCAUAUCUUCUUACACAUCAGAGAAGUCACACAGGUGAGAAGCCAUUUUCUUGCUGUGAGUGUGGGAAAUGUUUUACACGGAAAUCCCAACUUGUUACACAUCAGCAAAGUCACACAGGUGAGAAGCCAUUUCCAUGUUCUGAGUGUGGGAAAUGUUUUGCACAGAAAUCAGAUCUUGUUAUACAUCACAGAAGUCACACAGGUGAGAAGCCAUUUUCUUGCUCUGAGUGCGGGAAAUGUUUUACAAAUAAAUCACAUCUUGUUAGACAUCAGCGAACUCACACAGGUGAGAGGCCAUUUCUAUACUCUGAGAAAUAAAUCAGCUCUUGCACACAAUAAACAUCACUCAGGUGAGGAACCAUUUUAAUCUUCUGGAGUAUUCUCAUCAUUGCCAUGCGUUGUUCUUCAAGGUUCUUAUCCUAUCUCCUAUGCUUUUUGCAAUAUACAUGUUAC